UUGGCAGUUUAUAUUUACUAAAACAAUUGAAUUUCCAUGUUGAGUACUGUGGGAGACUGGAUAUAGUGAAUGCAGGGUCCUGGGAGACCGGAUAUAGUGAAUGCAGGGUCCUGGGAGACAGAUAUAGUGAAUGCAGGGUCUGGGGAGACCAGAUAUAGUGAAUGCAGGGGUCCGGGGAGACCAGAUAUAGUGGAUGCAGGGUCCAGGGAGACCAGAUAUAGUGAAUGCAGGGUCCUGGGAGACUGGAUAUAGUGAAUGCAGGGUCCAGGGAGACCAGAUAUAGUGGAUGCAGGGUCCAGGGAGACCAGAUAUAGUGAAUGCAGGGUCCUGGGAGA